AAAAAGAGAGGCUGCAUUCUCAGACUGACACUUAUUCAACACUGCCACCGUAAGCAGAUUACUUUUGCGCUUGCCUGUGUCAAAUACGUAGUUCACUUUGCCUCUCCAUCAUGUUUAGGAUGCUGAAACACCACCUCCACCCGGGCAUUUUUCUCUUCUUCAUAUGGCUUUGUCACCUCAUGGAACAUCAAAAAGUUCAAGGUAAGCUCUCUCCAUCCAUUUUCUUCUAUUCUUUCCGUUUUGAAGAAACUUCCACUGCUGUCAGACACAAAACGCGCCCCAGUGUCGAAAGCUUGCUGCAAACCAAGAAACUUUUCAAAGUCCGUCUCUGUUUCUGCCGCUGAUCAAACUCUCUCCUUAUCUAACAGUACGUGCGUUAAGCGUCCAUAAAACAGGUGCCAUAUGGGACACUUCAAAGUGAGACUAAAUGGCAAGUUUUCCAGCCCUCGCUAGGCGCACACUCUUAGGUCGCCACGCCGUGUUGCAGCGCCAGCUAUCCAUAAUACCUGAGCAUAUUCUCAUACUUUGGUCUGAGCGAAUAGAGUCACACUAUGUUGUCGCUAAAUCUGUGACAAAGUUUACAACAUCUACUGUAAGUCCAUGGACGUGUUAUUUGUUUAUGUCCUUUUAGAUCACAUUCAGUAUUGUGUGCAAAAGUGAUUCCCCUCCUGCAUGUUUGACAGACAAAUAAUGCAAGUGAGGACUUUUGCACCUAAUCUUAUUCUUUUGGAACACCAAACCAAUUCGACAGGGCAGAAAUCUGUGAUCAACUUAGAAAACACAUCAGUUUAAGAGCUCUGAAUAUCAUGUGUGUCUGAGUAGGUUCAGACAUCCUGCUGUUGUCUGGAUCAAGAGAUAUGUCUGUGCCAGAGAAAUAGGAUUACCAUUUUACCUUUUUUUUUUCUAUAUAGGAUUUUGAAAUAAAGUUUAAAGUGCUUUGUGAAUAAGCAAGUCAUUGUCUGGAGGGUACAUGUCUGAGAUAUUGUUCUGAGGCGUUGGAGACGGUGGUGUGUGGGUUUUUUUUUUUUUUUUUUUUGAAGGAGAUUGGCUGCUUUUUAACACCGUCUAGACGCUCCACUUUCUGUCCAGUGAUAACAAGGAGACUCUGGGAAUAAAGGACAAACCCCCCUCCGGAGAUUCUUCUUACUUUUCUUGGUUUGUGGCUGCAUUGUAAGGGUUGUCAGUCACAGAUAGGAUGGGCAAGUGUUAACAGUCUGGAAAAAAAAUCAGACAAAAUAGUGCCGGGAGGGCGAAAGGGAGGGAGGGAGCGUCUCGGAUAAUACAGGCUGCGUGUGUGUCUGGUGCGUCUGGGUCAGCGGUUACAGACGUACAACAUGCGACAUUCGAGGGUUUUUGUUUUUUUGUCUGUUUGCAGCUGGGAACUGCUGGCUGCAGCAGGGGAAGAACGGGAGGUGCCAGGUGCUCUACAUGCCCGGGAUGAGCAGGGAGGAGUGCUGUCGGAGUGGAAGACUGGGGACGUCCUGGACCGAAGAAGACGUCCCAAACAGCACGCUCUUUAGGUGGAUGAUCUUCAAUGGCGGAGCCCCCAAUUGCAUACCUUGCAAAGGUGGAGGUGCACUCAUUUCCCUUCGUUUUCUCAUAAUACACACCCUCAGCCAUGAAGUUAAUAAAUCCCAACCAUGAUCCGAUUUGCGCACAUAAACACACAUAAAGUGAUUCAUUCAGUGUAUACUCAAUGCGCCAGAGCGGUUUUACGCACAAGUCCCGAAUCACUGCCUGCAUCGCAUAACACAGAGCUUUUAUUCUAGAAACCUGCGAUAAUGUGGACUGUGGGCCUGGGAAGAGGUGCAAGAUGAACAGAAGAAGUAAGCCGCGCUGCGUGUGCGCGCCAGACUGCUCCAACAUCACCUGGAAAGGACCCGUCUGCGGCUCAGACGGAAAGACCUACAAAGACGAAUGCGCUCUGCUGAAGGCUAAAUGUAAAGGACACCCAGACCUGGACGUGCAGUACCAGGGAAAGUGCAAGAGUGAGUACAUAUUCAGAAUGUUUCUUAAAGCUGCAAAUGCCAAGAAUCCAGCGGUUUCUUCUUCUUUUUGUUGCAUUCUUCACCAAGUCCCUUCUCUUUGUCUCGACAGAAACGUGCCGUGACGUCUUGUGUCCCGGCAGCUCCACAUGCGUCGUGGACCAGACGAAUAACGCGUAUUGUGUGACGUGUAAUCGGAUUUGCCCCGAGGUGACGUCGCCUGAGCAGUACCUGUGUGGAAACGACGGGAUCAUCUAUGCUAGCGCGUGUCACCUGAGAAGAGCUACCUGUCUCCUGGGCAGAUCUAUCGGAGUGGCAUAUGAGGGAAAAUGCAUCAGUAAGUGUGCAGCCACAGGACACGUGAGAGUGUGAGGCUUUCGAGAGUGAGAGCGCCUCCAGCCACUGACUCUGAUGAUUGUUUGAGAGCAUUUUGUCCCUGGCCAGCUCUGCAGUUGUUCUCUGCUCAUUUUUGCCAACAUUCCUUUGAGGAGGGGGUCUUAGAGAGGGAGUGUGUGUGUGUUUGGUUGUUGCUUGUGUUUGCUCAAGAAUUGAUAGACAUCUUAUUAUUUCCUGAUGUUGGCAGCACUAGUGCACAUGGGAAAGAGGGGAGGAGAGGGGGAGGGAGCAGGAGAAAGAAACAGGGGAGUGCUGGGGGCCAUGAAGGCAUGCUUCAAGUUAAUGUUUGAGUCAGAUGGCCUCUUAUCCAAACAAAAACGACUCAAUCUGAGUCAUGUAGUCCCAGAAAUGUUCGUUUAGACAUGUCUGAAUGUCCUGCAUCACGUCUAACUUGACACCACGAAACAGAGUGUACUUUAUAUUUCUCGCUAAGUCAUCAAGUUUGAAAAGCAUUCACAAUAAUCCACCUAAUCGAAGAUUUCCCCUGUCGCCGAUUUCCUCCACUCUCCUUCCAGAGGCCAAGUCGUGUGAGGACAUCCAGUGCAGCGCAGGGAAGAAGUGUCUGUGGGAUGCUCGGAUGAGCCGGGGCCGCUGCUCGCUGUGUGAUGAGGCCUGUCCAGAGAGCAGGACGGACGUGGCAGUGUGUGCCAGCGACAACACCACAUAUCCCAGUGAAUGUGCCAUGAAGCAGGCUGCUUGCUCAAUGGGGGUGCUGCUGGAAGUCAAACACUCGGGAUCUUGCAACUGUAAGUAAACAACAAAAGAGAAAAAUAUGGAAAGAAUGAGACAAAACACCCCCAACAUCCCUCUCUCCAAGUGAAAGACAAUAUUCCAUGUUGCUGCCCUGACAAAAAACCUCCCCUGAAAGUGCCCCCAUCCCUACUUUCCCCAAAUAACUCCCCCCACCCCUCUGCCACACCACCAAGCACAGCUUAAGCAAGCAGAAAGGACUUGGGAGUAGAAGACUUGCAUGAUGUUGUCUUUGUUGCUGGCUUUUGUUCUUGUGUUCUUGUUGAUUUUCUUUCUUUUUUUCAUUUUUUACUCUUUUAAAUUCUCCUGCAAAAUAAAAAACAGAAAGGUUAAUGAAAAGGCAAACAUAUUUAUUAGCAGACUUGGUCAAGGAGUUUGGGGAAAGUUCAUUAGAUUAAAAUUUACAAAUAAUUAAAGGAAACUAAUUAUGUUUGCAGUGGAACAAUCCUGAUAUUUAAAAGUUUAGAUGACUUUAUUGUCAUGUGAGUGACCUGCAGGAGCCGGUUGCCUUAAAUCUUACACAGUUUUUUCUAAUCAGUAACGGUUCUUCUUUAAGCUAGUGGUCAUAUCUUUACAGCUAGUAAGUUUCAUGGUCAUAUUUGCUAAUUUCAAGUUAUUGGUGUAUUUGUGUUUUUGUAUUAUUUGUUUCUUUUUGUUGCUUUCAGCUGUAAUCAAUCAGUUCAAAAUGCACUGCCUCUUGUGACGUACACCACACUGCCAACAUGUCAGCAAGGACAGAUACCUUUAAGAAUACAGUAUGAUGUGCAUAAGGUGAUUGUAACUUUGGUGCCAUUUUAGUGAUAAUUAGGAGGGAUUUAACAGUGGUUUCCAUGUAGACUUAAUGUCUGUAGAGCAAUUCAAGUGCUCACAAAUCGGUGGGUAAAACCGUCAAAUUUAACGCUAGCCUCAAGGAAGUAUCAAAUUUACAUUCCAAGAAGAGUGUUUGUUUCUUUCUCCUGGCUGAGUACCUUAAUGUGAUGUGCCUAAGGUAUGCAACUGAAUCCAAGGGACCAACUUUAUGAUCACCUCAUGAGCUAAAUAUAAAUGUGAUACUCCACAGUGUGCAGGAUAAGCAGAGGAAGCUCGCUCGUACUUCUCAUUGUCUCAGAAAAAAAGAAAAAGAAAAAAAAAAACUAUCCUCUCACUCGAAUUGUUUGUGUUGUUUCCAGUAUAUGUGUUGUCUAGAUAUGACAAAUCCAUUCGGAUUGAUGAGGGACUGCCUGUUUUUAUGGGUUUUUUUCUUUGUUUGUUUUGUCAUUCUUGCUCCUGUUUGUGUGCAUUUUUUAUUUCAUUUUUCAAUUUUUGUCCAAUGUAAAAAGAAAAGGAAAUACCUCAGAACUGUGUUUAUGACCUCUGACCUGCUUGCUAAGGCCAGGCUGCGACACAGAGUCCUCCCUCCCUGUAUGUUUGAGCCAGAGACAGAAAAAAAAGUCAAUCAUAGGAAAUACAAGAACACAAGAGCACUUUUAUGUGUUUUGUGUGUCUGCUUUCAGGAAUCUGCCCAAAAGAGACCCGACCCAUCGAAUCCGUCAUCCCCUACACCUUCCACCCAGCAUCCCCCCUCUCUAACCCACCUUUUGUGAUCCCACCUCCUAUUCAGUUCUCUAAUCCAUCAUUUUUCUCAUGUUGCAGCCCUGAUUUACUUAAUGAUGUAAAUGUAAAGUUGCAGAAUUGGGUUUGCAGAAAGUGUUUGCUGGAGUCACAUAGACCCUUCCUCACAUAUAGAUGCAUUAAAAACUCACAUAAACUUAUUCACACACACACAAAAAAGGGAGAUUGUGUGCCAGUUGCUUGGCUGUGCACUUUUUCUUUGCAAACAUCUAUUGCUAUUCUGCGCUGUUGUGGUCCAUAUUCAUACAACAGCUACCGUAUAUUCUCCCACAUAGCCAUCACAGAAGACCACGAGGAGGAUGAGGAAGAUGAGGACUCAGACUACAAGGCCUAUGUCCAUAUAUCUUCUAUACUGGAUGGAUAGGCCCCCAUCACUAGGGGAACAGUCCUAGGGCAAGGAAUCAUGUCCAUACUGUACAUUAUGUGUAUGCUUAUUUAUUUUUUAAAGAAAAAGGAAGUAUACAUAUAGUUCAGUCUGCUAGAUGUUUAUUUAUACUUUUGUGUUUUAUAAUUUAUACAUUUACAAUGUCAGGCUUACUAUCUACCAUGAUAUAUUGUGUUACCACUCACUUCCCCACUUUUUUGUUGUUGUCCCUUGUACUUUCUUUUUUUUUAUCAUGAAGAAAUAUAUUUGUCCAAAGAGAAGCAGUGUUAUUUAUUUGUCAUGUUACCGUGUAAGUAUAAGUCCUCUACAAGCUGUAAAUUGCAUUCCCUGAGCUGUACAAAUCUGCUUGUUUCUGUCAGAUCUCUAUCACAGAUGUUUAUGUCUCACAUACGUAAAUGCAUGUUUAGGCUGCGUGUUUAUUUAUUGGGAAUAUAUCAAUCAUUUUAUGUACAGAAGUGUUUUCUGGUUUGUUUACAACUCAUAAUAACUGACCAAAGGGAUUCUCUCAAUGGUUUUUGCAAAAGAGCAUUGUAAAGUUGCAACACAGCAGUGAUGAAACGGAAGAGAUAAAGAGAGCCAUUUGUUUUUCUUCCCUUAUAAUAUUAUUUGUUGUUUCCCCUCAGUCUUUUUCACCCUGUAGAUGUGUUUCCACAUGGAGACGAAAACUUUAGAUGUUAUUCAAUAGCAUUUAUUUUGUGUCACCACAGUAAAGCAGAGCUAGGUUUUGGAUGAUACUUGAUUCUUUUGGAAACAAUGUGCCAAUAACAUUUGUGUGCUGUCUUCUUGCCAAUGUGCUCAAUAUACUGCUCUCGAAGAGCUUAAAUAGGACUAACGUACUGCAGUACUCCACACUAUAUCAGACUACAUCACUUUGUUUCUUUUUUUUCUCAGAAAGCAUUUUAUUUUCAAGCAUCACAAGAGAAAUACAAAAUUCUGUUAUGAAUAUAUAGUUUUGUAUUUUUUAUGUAAAUGUCAUAUGUACAUACAAAGUUUGAUGGUAUUUGUACAGAUAUGAAGAGUGAAACAAUAAAAGUUUUUUUCCUUAUA